AGCCAGAAAGAGAGAGAGAGAGAGAGAGAGUGAGCGAGCGCGAACAAGAGCAAAAAGAAAGAGAUCCGCCUCGUGCUCAUCACCAUCCCCGGCGAAGCUCCGGUCACCGAUGAGGGCCGACGAGAAGAAGGACGUGAAGGACGAGAACCCUCGCUGGUUCUCCCGCUGGGAAGAUCAACUCCCCUCCCCCGACGAACUCAUGCCCUUAUCCCAAUCCCUCAUCACUGCCGACCUUGCCCGCGCCUUCGAUCUCACCUCCUCACCUCGCCGAUCCCCUUCACUCCCUCCUCCCUCCGCCGUCGCUGCUCCUCUACCCGAUUUCGAUGCCCCCGAUCUCGCCGUGUCCGGCGCCGACGGCGCCGACGAGCCCGCUCGCACCCUCAAGCGCCCGCGCCUUGUCUGGACACCUCAGCUCCACAAGCGCUUCGUUGAUGCUGUUGCUCAUCUCGGUAUCAAGAACGCUGUGCCGAAGACCAUAAUGCAGUUGAUGAGCGUUGAUGGGCUUACGCGCGAGAACGUCGCCAGCCAUCUCCAGAAGUAUCGGCUGUAUCUCAAGCGCAUGCAGGGUCUUGGUGCUGCCGGUGGAGGUCCUGCAUCUGCCGAUGAUCAGCUCUUCGCUAGUGCCCCUGUUCCUCAUCAUUUCCUUGCUCGUGGCCCUGCUGAUCCGUUCGUCGCCGCGCUGCAGCAGCAGCAGAUCGCUGCGGCCGCUGUUGCUGCGCAGCAGCAUCAGCAGCAGCAGUACUAUCAGCAGCAGCAGCAGAGGCAUUUGGGUUAUUUGGGAUCGCCGCCGGGGAGUGGGUAUGAUCGUGGGUACCUAGCGAGGGCUGUGCCGCCGCCGGCGUUGCAUAGGAUGGUGGAUCCCGUUGGGGUUGGAGCUGUGAGGCCGUCUCCCCCUCAGCCGCCGCCGUCGUCUGUGGGGUUUUAUCAGGAGGAUUUCGAGACAGGAGCUGGAGGUGGAGAGAGACGAGUGCUGACCCUUUUUCCGACAAAGGAGGAAUGAUAGAGGAAAUGACCUUUUUGUACUAAAGUGAAGAUGAAGUUCAAUAGAUGGAGAGCUUAAGCAGUUAAUAAUAGAAUUGGUUUGCUAUAUAAGACAUUGAGCCUUUUUAUGCAUCUGCAAAUGCGGUUUCAGAGAGAUACUGUAGAGGUAUGAGCCUUUAGUUUCCGUAUGUCUUUAACUAUGAUGACUGUGUGUGGUGGUGAUGAUUGUAAAGUCAUUGAACUUAUAGUUUAUCAUCUCUGUAGUUGUAUACAACUUUGUCUAUAUAUGCAGAAAAUCUUUGAUAUUGUCAAAGGUCAACUUAAUGUAAAUUUUAUAUGUGGAAUGGUUGUGAAGUCGGAAUUUCUAAACUCAAUCUAUUAUCAUUAUUUAAUA